CUCGCGGAAGAUUACGUACAAAGCUGGAAUAAGUGGUUAAAAAGUUGAUAUUAUGACUUUUUUGCGUUUUUCAUUUUUUUUCUUUGCUUCUCUUAUAAUUUGCUGUCAAAGUAUUGACACGCAAUUCACAGUGAUGGACGAGCUGUUAAAAUCACAAGCAGAAUUAAGUUUAACUCAUGAAUUCACUCAAAGUGUUUUCUUGUGGCAUAGAGAGAGAAUUGUUCCAGUUCUUUCGGAACUUUCAAAGUACUCCAUUGAUAAAUAUUUUGAUGGUAUUGAUGAAAUAAAAUUAAUUGCACGCAAUACGAGAGAGCAGAUAGAAGAAUUUCCAUUAUCGCAGUGUAGUGAAAAUUCUCUAAAUAAUUGGGAUCUGCAAGUGCGAUCGUUUGGUAAUCGAAUAAAUUUUUGCUUGAGUGAAGCAACUCGAAUCUUGAAUGGAGAAUAUCAUGAUCUAAAUUACUUCGACGCGGAUGGAUCUAGAGUAUCGAAUCAAGUCCAAAAUCAAGGUCUUGACAUAUUGUCAACGAAAGAAAAAAUCCAUUUAAAUAGAAAUAUUCACCAAGUUAUUAACCAAAGGUUGAGAGAUUUGCUAUUGGCUGCUUCACCAUGGGUUGUAAUAAUGGAUGAACUUUUCGAACUUAUGGAACACCAUAUAGAACGAGCUAAAGCUGGUACUGAUAUUUGUGUGAAUCAAAUGGUGACACAAUUUGAAGGAAUAUCUGCAAAUGCAUUGGAAAAUGUUUCACAUUGUCCAAAUAUAUGAAUUAUCAUUCU